AUGUUAAUUCCAAUGGCUAAAGUAAAUAAUGAACCAAUUUCAAUCACAGAAAAUCAAAUUUUACAAAAAAAUUUAACUAGGAAAAAGUCAUUGGAAACAAAUCCUGCUUUAAUUACAAGAACGUUUUAUAAAGGAAAAGUAAUGUUUAUGUGUAAUAAACAGUAUUUUCAUACAUUAGAAGAUGCAGAAGUUUGCUUUUGGAAAUUACAUCCAACAACAAAAAAACCUUUACCAAAUAAUCCAUAUAAAGAUUUUGAUAUAAAUAAAUUAUUAGGUACUAAUAGUUUUACUAAUCAAAUUUGGCAUCAUGUAUGGGAUGGUUGUGAUUAUAAAUGUUAUUGUAAAAAUAAUUUUAAAGAAAUGAAAACAAGAUUUUUAAAAGAAAUGAAUACAUAUAGACAGUAUCAUGGAGUCAAACCUGUUAAAUUAAAUUCUGAACUUACUUCAUAUGCUCAAAGACAUGCUCAAAAUCUUGCCAAACUUAAAAUUAUUGUACCUGAUAUAUAUAAACAAUUUGGAGAAACUGUUGGAGUAGCAAAUAUUUUUGUAGCACCUAUUAUAGUUAAAAAGUGGUAUGAAGAAAUAAAAACUUAUGAUUUUUAUCAUAGCAUGCCAAAAACAAAAAGUAAUAUGUUUACACAAUUAGUUUGGUUAUCAACUACUAAUGUUGGUAUUGGUAUAGCAAAAAAUGGUGAAAAUAUGUGGAUAGUUGUUAAAUAUUAUCCUAAAGGUAAUAUUAAUGGUAAAUAUAAAAAUAAUGUUUUACCAUUUAUGGCAAAAAGUAUUAAACAGUAG